CACAUGAUUGGACUCCGCCUGUGUGACGUCACUAAGUUAGCAGUCGGGGAAACCUUACAGGCGUUUAACUUUCCGCAGCAGAGCGGUUCUAGGCAGGGCCCGACGUGACGUCGCCGAUCCGCAUAGUGUGCGUCACAGCACACCCCAGCAGCUGGCGUGUCUUGGCUGCACCAUACAAACAAUAACCCGAGCAUCGUUCGUACGCGUUUUGGGGCCUUCCAUCCACGCCCUCCGCCAGCAGCAUGUAAACAAUGCGUGCCUAGGCUGUCACAGGCACCCUCUCGCACAGCCUGGAGUGAUCUUGGGUCGAGGAUGGAUUUCCAGCAGUUAUCUGACGUCGCAGACAAAUGGUGCUCCAACACCCCCUUCGACCUGAUCGCUACCGAGGAGACAGAGCGCAGGAUGGAUUUUUACGCGGACCCCGGUGUAUCUUUUUAUGUGCUGUGUCCUGACAACGGAUGCGGGGACAAUUUUCAUGUUUGGAGCGAAAGUGAGGAUUGCUUGCCUUUCCUUCAGUUAGCUCAGGACUACAUUUCCUCCUGUGGAAAGAAGACACUUCAUGAAAUACUGGAAAAAGUAUUCAAGUCUUUCAGGCCUCUACUGGGUCUCCCAGAUGUUGACGAUGACACAUUUGAGGAAUAUAACGCAGACGUAGAAGAGGAAGAACCAGAAGCAGAUCACCAGCAAAUGGGGGUCAGCCAGCAGUAAAUUACCCAGGAUGUUUCCUAUAGAAAAAAAUCAACAUCAUGUAAUAGUAAACAAACCUAUUUUAAAAAUGGGACUAAGAACCCUCCACAGUGAGAGAUAUCUACGAUGCGAGCUGACUAUCCACGCUGUCAACAGAGAUGUUCUUAUUGGCAAUCUGCAGAUAUCCCACCAUUCUCAAUUUUUAGAAUUUAGCUUUAUUUCAGUCGUGAUGAGAUUGGAACGGUUCUUAUUGUAAUGAAUGUAGCACUCUGAAUCCUAAUGAUGUUAGCGUGCUGUCUUGUGUCUUGGUUAGUGGAGAUCUAGGGGUUCCAGCUCUGUUUUAACCAGACAAAUAGAAGUCAUGUACACUGAACAAAAUGUUUCACUCAUGUUUCUAUCUAUCUUAUAUAAUCUGUGGCAAAAACGGCUUACAAUAAUUUAGGAUAUUAACGAGGCAUGUAAGCGAAUCCUAUAAUAGUUGUUUGUAAAACACCAAUGCUUCUAUGUUGCUUUAUACAAUUCACCAUUUUUAAUCUACAAAUUAAAAUCUGAAUAAUAUCAGUAUAAUGAGAGGUUCUGUGGCUGACCUUUUUGGGAUAAGCUAGACCACCUAAAACAUUGGCAUGAGAAUUUCAUUGUACCAUUUAAUCUAUAAACCCUAAACUAUUUUUUAUUUUCUUCGGUUAAGGGACAGUAAACUUAAAAUGUAGCCACUUCCAAAAUGUCUAAUUAAUGAAAACAAAACUACAUUGCAGUAUGGAGUUAAUCUAGCUUUCGCCUAUUUUGCUGUAAAGUACCUACAAAAUUGUGCUGGCUCCAACUCCCCACCUCCUCCGGGAGCCUGGUCUGCACACUGUGUACAUAAGUUGAUGCAAUUGGUACAUAGAAAUUAGUUAAAGGGAUAGUCUAGUCAAAAUUGAACUUUCAUGAUUCAGAUAGAGCAUGCAAUUUUAAGCAACUUUCUUAUGUACUCCUAUUAAUUUUUCUUCUCUUGGUAUCUUUAUUUGAAUGUAAGCUUAGGAACCAGACCAUUUUUGGUUCUGAAUGUAGCCACCCAUCAGCACGCGCUACCCAGAUGCUAAACCAAAAAUGGUCUGGUUCCUAAGCUUACAUUUUUGUUUUUUCAAAUAAAGAUAGCAAGAGAAUGAAGAAACAUUGAUUAUAGGAGUAAAUUAGAUAGUUGCUCACAAUUGCAUGCUCUAGAUGAAUCAUGAGUUUUUUUUUUAUUUUACUAGGCUAUCCCUUUAAAUUACAGAGCAGGUAGUAUCAAUUUACUCACCAGGGUUUUUCAAGAGAUGCAUCUCUGGACAUCUCUUUAUUUACAAAACCAUUCAAAUUAUGAUUAAAAAAAUACUCUGUUUUAUAUAUAUUUUAAAAAAAAAUUAGUAUGCAUGCAGAUCUUUUGCAAUAACUAACUUAAUUUCUGUUAUUAUGCAUAAAUAUAAAAACUAUUUAUUGUACCUUCAAUAAAUGGGCGAUAUAAUUUACCCAGAAAUCUUGCCACAAAUACAGCAAACCACAAAAAUAUGUUUAAAGCGGAGUGUCUUGGUAGUCUGCUCUGCUCGCAGAAUGCAGUAUAUUAAUUUAAACAAGGUAUCCUGGAGAAAAAGGUUAUAAACUACAUAAAUAUAAGGUGAAGAAAACUUAUUCCAGUCCCUCGUGAGAUAAGUUGCAACGGUCUCUGUUUACUGCAUGUGAUACUACGGCAAUGAAAACAUUUAUAAUAAACAAUAGCAGAUUGCUUAUUCUCAGAGCUAUAUUGCAUCUGCAGUGUCUGAAUAAGUCUGUAAUGUAUAGUUGUAUUUUGUUUGCUUAUAAAAUGUGUACUGUUUGCUAAUUAUGUGCAAAAAGUAAAUACUUCUACUUUCCUCAGCCA